AUGGUGCAAGGAUGCUGCGAAGAGCUUCGUAUUACAUGUGGAAUGAAAAAGAAGAUUAUAGACAACUUCGCAGCCAUAUUGCACGAGGCAAAGUUUCAUAAUCUGCUAUUUUCCUUCGUUCGCUUAGUGACAAAUCUGUCUUGGUCUUUGUCUUUCUUCAAAUUGUUAUUCUUUUUGUGGUAUGCAGCCGAUGCUAUUAUUAUAUUCAUAGCUCUGAUAACUGCUGAUGCUGCUGUAAUUGGCGACCAACCAGAAAUAGUGUUUGAUGCUACAUAA